AUGGAGAUGAUAUUUGCACCAGGUGAGAAAAUCCAUGAAGAUAUUUUUGAUAUUAUUGACCGAGAAGCUGACGGCAGUGACAGUUUGGAGGGCUUUGUUCUGUGUCAUUCUAUUGCUGGUGGGACAGGUUCUGGGCUGGGGUCCUAUCUCCUAGAGAAGUUAAAUGACAGGUACCCAAAAAAACUGGUGCAGACUUACUCUGUGUUCCCUAAUCAGGAUGAGAUGAGUGAUGUAGUAGUGCAGCCUUAUAAUUCACUACUGACGCUAAAGAGACUGACUCAGAAUGCAGAUUGUGUGGUUGUUCUUGAUAACACGGCGUUGAAUCGGAUUGCAACAGACAGGCUUCAUAUUCAGAACCCUUCCUUCUCUCAGAUCAACCAGCUGGUAG